AGGAACUCGAAGUAGCACCUGAGUAUUACUGGCAUAGCGAGAUGUGAAGCAUCGCGCGCUCCACUCCUCCACUGCAUCAUCACUCCAUCCUGCAGAACAUCACACCGACCCAGGGGACAAAUAAAAGACGCGCGCGCCCGACCCGACUCACUAUGUACUCGAGCAGAAGCGAGGGGCCACGCAGAGGAAGGUCAUUCGACUCCAUGAACCUGGGCUUGUGUUUGGAAGAAAAGCAAAUCAAUAAUGAGAUGAAUAAAUCAACCUUUCCGGAGAUCGAUGAGAACAAAGAUAACAAGAGUGUGUCUGGAGAAAAGGGUCGUGCAGCUAUAGUAUUCUCACUGAAGAAUGAAGUUGGGGGGCUCGUCAAAGCACUAAAACUGUUCCAGGAAAACCACAUCAACCUUUUGCACAUCGAAUCCCGAAAGUCCAAGAGGCGCAACUCGGAGUUUGAGAUCUUGGUGGACUGUGACAGUAACCGUGAGCAGCUCAGUGACAUCAUCCAGCUGCUGCGUGAACACGUCAGCGUGCUCGAGCUGGACACACCUGACAACCGACUACCAGAAGAGAGCGAAAUGGAAAAUGUACCCUGGUUUCCCAGGAAGAUCUCUGAUCUGGAUAAAUGUGCAAACCGUGUGCUGAUGUAUGGAUCGGAUCUGGAUGCCGAUCACCCGGGAUUUAAGGACAAUGUCUACCGCAAAAGGAGAAAAUACUUUGCAGAUCUGGCUAUGAGUUACAAGCAUGGAAACCUCAUUCCCCGAAUCGAGUUUACAGAGGAGGAGGUGAAGACAUGGGGGGUCGUGUUCCGAGAGCUCAAUAAGCUCUACCCCACUCACGCUUGCCGCGAGUAUCUGAAAAACUUACCUCUGCUCACCAAGUACUGUGAUUAUCGUGAGGAUAACAUCCCACAACUGGAGGACAUCUCACGCUUCCUGAAAGAGCGUACAGGGUUCACCAUAAGGCCCGUGGCAGGAUAUCUCUCCCCAAGAGACUUCCUGGCAGGAUUGGCUUUCCGUGUGUUCCACUGCACGCAGUAUGUCCGGCAUAGCUCAGACCCUCUCUACACACCGGAACCGGACACGUGUCAUGAACUGCUGGGUCAUGUACCUCUUUUAGCCGAGCCCAGCUUCGCACAGUUCAGUCAGGAGAUUGGACUUGCAUCACUUGGAGUAUCUGAUGAAGAAGUUCAGAAACUAGCCACUUGUUACUUCUUCACUGUAGAGUUUGGACUCUGUAAGCAGGAGGGGAAGCUCAGAGCAUAUGGUGCAGGUCUGCUGUCCUCCAUCAGUGAGCUAAAGCAUGCUCUGUCAGGGAACGCCUGCAUCAUGCCCUUUGACCCCAAAGUUACAUGCAAACAGGAGUGUAUUAUAACAACAUUCCAGGAUGUCUAUUUUAUGUCGGAGAGCUUUGAGGUGGCUAAAGUCAAGAUGAGGGAGUUUGCAAAGACAAUCAAGCGACCAUUUACGGUGCGUUAUAACCCCUACACACAGAGUGUAGAUGUGCUGAAGGACACAAACAGCAUCAACGAUGUUGUGGAGGAACUGAGAUAUGAGCUAGACAUUGUGGGAGACGCUCUGAACAGACUCAAUAAACAAUCAGGCAUCUGAAUAACUGUUCCCAUAAAAUGAUACAGUAUAAUCUGCAUU